CCGAUAAUGGCAACUCUCAUGACGUUGAACAAGACAGGGACAGGGGCACGGCAGGCUCGAAGAGAACCGGACGUUUCGCUGCUGCUGCUGCUGAUGUUGUUGUUGUUGCUUGCGAGCGUGUUCCUGUUGACCUUCUACGUUACAUCUGCCUCCAGCGUUAUUGUUGUCGCACCCUCGUCGUGCUGUGUACAUAACUUGGUGUUUUUGCUUUGCUGCAUCCUGCUUGCUCUCGGUCCUUGUCGAUUUUCUAGCUGCAGGAAUCCGAAUUGCUCCUUAUAUUAUGUCUGUUAUCGCGACUUGAUUACCUCCAGUUUUGAAAUCCAGUUUCAUCCCAGACGUCAUCUUCCAGGUACCCGUUAUCAAAAACUCUCCAGGUCGCAGACCCACACACACGCACAAUUCGACAUAUCCAUGGAGCGAGUGCGACCCCAACCUGCAAACCAUGCCGCUGGCCGUCGUAAAUCCGUAUUCGCCGAAGUUGGGCUGAUUGACGAGGGAAAGGCGCGUGAGGAACGCAGGACUGCGCCGGUAUUAGUAGGCCCUGAGCCACAUGACCGUCCCAAGGCACGAAGACCGGCCAGAAAAGUGCGGUUUCGAAGUCAAGCCGAGAUUCUGCAAUUGCAGAGCGAAGGGGAAUACGACAGCGAAGAUGAUUGGGAGUCUGCCUCCGACUCCGACAAUGACGACAGCCCAAUGCCUACAUUGCGCAUGCAUCAGGAAUCAAGUUAUACCAAGUUGUAUCGAUUAGGAUUCCUCGCUGUUGUCUUCGCAAUGCUGCUGCCUGUAUUACAGUUCGAUAAAACAGUGCCUGCUGGAGUCAGAGGAGGUGUUAUUCCACGAAAUGCCAUGGAGACCAAUCAACUUCAACGUCGGGAGGAUUCUCCAGUCGAAGUGUGUAAAAGAUGGAGUGGCCAAUCUGCUGUCAUCAAUGGCACUGCGUACAUGUACGGCUUCCGUACUUUGACUGAUGCGCAACAGACCGACAAUAGUUGGACCAACGAUUUUCUUUCGCUGGAUCUCACCAAGUCCUGGCAAAUUGCCAACCCUUCUCUCACUGGCUUGCCUAAACCUUCUGGACCGCCAGCUGUCUCGUUAGGGUAUCUGUGGAACUCCCAUUCGUCACUAUUUCUCUACGGUGGUCAGUUUUCCGAUAACCCGAAGAAAAGUCCCACUUCGAAUUCAAUCUGGGAAUACAAGGCAGGCGACAAGGAAUGGAUCGAGCAUAAAGACCCCAAAAGUUCCUCUGGCGACAAUGCCAAGGAAGCUGGGCAAUCUGUCCAGCGCGCUGCUGAAGGCGCUGGGGUCAGUGUCGCCAACUUAGGUCGAGCUUGGUACUUCGGUGGACAUUUGGACGAUUUCACGACCGAAGGCUGGAGCAACCAAAUCCCCAGAGUCUACCUCAAAUCGCUACUUGAGUUCACCUUUCCAGGGUAUUCCAACGAGGCUGUGGACGAUCUGAAAGGAGACAAGAAGGCCAGCGAUGACGGCGUGUUCCGCAACGUUACCGAAGGUGGACUGCAAGGCACUGGCUCCUUUCCCGCACGCGCCGAUGGCACUCUGGUCUAUGUUCCUGGAUUUGGCGAACAAGGAACGUUACUGGGUCUCACUGGUGGCGACAACGACACAUUCGCCCAAAUGAACGUCAUCGACGUUUAUGAUGUCGCAAAAUCGGAAUGGUACAAACAGAGCACUUCUGGCCCAAUGCCCAAGUAUCGGGUGAAUCCAUGCGCCGUAGUCGCAGCUGCAGCAGAUGGCUCCUCUUAUAAUGUCUACAUGUUUGGAGGCCAAAAUCUCCAACCCGCCAAGGAACAAAUCCAGUAUGACGACAUGUGGAUUCUUUCCGUUCCUUCUUUCACGUGGAUAGAAGUGGAUCAGAAGGACCAAAGCGUCCCGUACGCGCGUGCCGGCCACUCCUGUCACAUAUGGGACGGCCAAAUGGUUGUGCUGGGUGGCUACGUAGGCCAGGAGCUUCAGUGCGAUACCCCUGGAAUUUACGUCUUCAAUACGUCGAGUCUCCAAUGGGGUGACCAAUUCACGGCUCUAACGGGCGAUAGAGCAUUGAAGUCGUGGAAUGGUCGGGACGAUGACGACGGGAAUCCGCUCGCACAACAAGCAAACCAGCGAGGCUUUGAUGCCAAAGCCGGACUGCCAGGGAGUUAUGGCUAUACUGUACCUGAAGUCGUGCAAUCCGCUAUCGGCGGAAAUGCAACCGGUGGCGCAACAGUGACGGCACCAAUCCGAGCCCCAACAGAAGGACCCUUUAAAUCGGGAACUCCGCAAACGUACACAGUGACAGGACCUAAUGGUGCCGUCAUCACUGAGACAGUUGGCAGCGGCAACAGCAACAAUGGAGGAGGCGGAGGUCGAAAUGUUGGAGCUAUCGUGGCCGGUGUCGUUGCGGGAGUGUUUUUCAUCAUUGCGGCGUACUUUGCUUUCUGCACGUGGAUCUACCGUCGGCAAGUCAAAAUAUGGAAAGAGCAUGCAGCCAUGGUAACGGCGCGCUCCGAGCAAGAGAAGAACGCUGCCCUCGUAGCUCCAGUCGGAACGCUUGCCAGCUCGCACAAGGGUUCCUCUGAACGCGCAAGACAGGAGAGGUUGGGCACACGAUCAAGCAACGGCACUGGAAGCGCCGCCAUACGUACAAGCGAUGAGCGUGCUGGCCCAUCCACAUACACAGGAGCCGCCGGUGUGGCCGCCGGUGGUACAGAUGCGAUAGGCCGGAGAAGUAGCGAGGACAGUUCCACAGACGACCUACUUGCGGGCCUGGAGCCCAGCUUCUGGGGUCCCAGGGGAGUGUUGCUCAAUCCCCGGAGAAGUUUGAGAGUCAUCAACAGAGACUAA